CGCUUUGCUAGAUGCCCCGUCCCUUUCUGCCCAGGGGACUUGUAGGGCGAUGUGCGUGUUAUGUUUUCGCAUCUGGUUCUUUAAAGGGGCCGUGCAGAAGCGAGCCUCCCUGUUCUUCCCCUCCUCCUCCGGUGACCUCACCAACUCAGGCUGCAGCUCGGAUGAGGAGGGGAGCAGAGAGUUUGCUGAGCCCAUCAGGCGCUGAAGUGUAGGGGGCGUCCAGGCAGCACCCGGGUGUGCGCUUAUGCAGCGGGGGCUGUGGAGACCCCGGGUAUUAUAUGUCUUUUGUGGCCUUUGCUGAAGGUUUCCCUGCGGCUGCCGCUUUCACACUUUUCCUCCUCUCCCUUCUUCCCAAGCCAUGGCCAGCAGCAGCAGCAGUAGCAGUAGUACUAACAGCAGCGCUGUAACCGGGCGUCUCCCGGGGGCCCGCAGCGCUAACCCACGAAAGGCCCGCAUACUCGGUUUGUUUGAUGCCAUCCAGGAUGCUGUGGGACCUCCUAAACAGGCAGCGGCCGACAGGAGGACUGUGGAGAAGACCUGGAAACUGAUGGACAAAGUGGUCAGAUUAUGCCAGAACCCAAAGCUACAGUUGAAGAACAGCCCACCUUAUAUACUUGAUAUUUUACCUGACACAUAUCAACAUUUACGACUGAUUCUGAGCAAAUACGAUGACAACCAAAAACUUGCACAACUGAGUGAAAAUGAGUAUUUUAAAAUCUACAUUGACAGCCUAAUGAAGAAAUCAAAGCGGGCUAUACGACUCUUCAAAGAAGGGAAAGAGAGAAUGUAUGAGGAGCAGUCACAGGAAAGGCGAAACCUUACAAAACUUUCCCUAAUAUUUAGCCAUAUGUUGGCAGAAAUAAAGGCAAUUUUUCCAAGUGGCCAAUUUCAAGGUGAUAAUUUUCGUAUCACAAAAGCUGAUGCUGCAGAAUUCUGGAGGAAAUUCUUUGGAGAGAGAACUAUAGUUCCAUGGAAAAUAUUCAGACAGUGCCUUCAUGAAGUUCAUCAGAUUAGCUCGGGUUUGGAAGCUAUGGCUCUCAAAUCUACAAUUGAUUUAACAUGUAAUGAUUAUAUUUCUGUGUUUGAGUUUGAUAUCUUUACAAGACUAUUUCAGCCAUGGACCUCCAUUUUAAGGAACUGGAACUUUUUAGCAGUUACACAUCCUGGAUACAUGGCAUUUCUCACAUACGAUGAAGUAAAAGCCCGCUUACAGAAAUACAGCACCAAACCUGGGAGUUACAUUUUCCGACUGAGUUGCACAAGACUUGGGCAGUGGGCAAUUGGAUAUGUAACUGCUGAUGGGAACAUCUUGCAGACAAUACCUCAUAAUAAACCAUUGUUUCAAGCUUUGAUUGAUGGCAGUCGAGAGGGAUUCUAUCUUUACCCUGAUGGAAGAAGUUAUAAUCCUGAUUUGACUGAUUUGUGCGAACCCACUCCACACGAUCACAUAAAAGUUACACAGGAACAAUAUGAAUUAUAUUGUGAAAUGGGCUCUACCUUUCAGCUGUGCAAAAUUUGUGCAGAAAAUGACAAGGAUGUAAAGAUUGAACCUUGUGGACACUUGAUGUGUACUUCCUGUUUAACAUCAUGGCAGGAGUCUGAUGGCCAGGGCUGUCCUUUUUGUCGCUGUGAGAUUAAAGGUACAGAGCCGAUAGUAGUCGAUCCUUUCGACCCCAGAGAUGAAAACAGGUGUUGCAGUUUUAAUGACAGUCUUUGUACUCCUAUGUUGGACUUUGAUGAUGAUGAUUUGAGGGAAGAAUGUUUGAUAAUGAAUCGGCUAGCUUCUCUGAGAAAGAUGAAUGAACGGCAGAACUCACCAGUGACGUCACCAGGUUCUUCUCCACUUUCACAGAGAAGAAAAACACCCCCUGAUCCACUGCAGAUACCCCAUCUUAAUCUUCCACCAGUUCCUCCACGAUUGGAUUUGAUUCAGAAGGGGUUAGCUCGUUCACCUUGUGCCAGUCCAACUGGGUCACCAAAGUCUUCUCCAUGUAUGGUCCGAAAACAAGAUAAACCACUUCCAGCACCACCACCUCCAUUAAGGGAGCCUCCUCCACCCCCAGAGAGACCUCCCCCAAUCCCACCUGACAGCAGGACAUGUAGACAUUUGCAUCAUACAGAGAAUGUGCCUUGUAGAGACCAGUCUACACAACAUGAUGCUUGGUGCACAAGAGACAUUUCUGGUGCCAGUCAGCCUAGUAUAUGUCGUGUAGCACAUGAUGGUUCACCAAAACUUGGUGUACCUUCUAGCUCAGUUUUAAAUGGAAGGCACAGUCGCAUGAGUACUGAAGCUGGAUUUAUACGUCAUAAGCACCAUAAGCGUCGCGAAUCACCAUUAGAAACUAUUAGGGUUUAUAAUGGUCUUUCAGGAAAUGAAGAAUAUGAUGUCCCACCCCGGCUUUCACCUCCUCCUCCUCCUCCAACAAUCACUAUUCAUCCUGCUAUUAAAUGUCCUUUGUUAGUGAACUCUGUAUCAGACAAAGUGAGAAAUUCUGCAGAGGAAGAUGACAGUGAAUAUAAAAUCCCCUCAUCUCACCCUGUGUCCUCGCGGCUGCCUCUUCAUUGCCAUAGUAUUAAACAUUUUCCUAGACUGUGUGAGAAUGGACAGUGUUUGUCAAAUGGGACACACAAUGGCAUAUCUGAAAUAAAGAAACUGAAACAACCAGAUCAAGGUGAGGAGUCUUUUGACAGUUCCCCUCCCUCGCAGCCCCCACCACCUCCCCCAGCACGCACCUGUGUCCCUGAACAUGCCAUGCCCACUGCGUCGGGAUGCAGACCGAACUCAGACGUGGAUCUGUUCCUUCCUCAUUCGGAUCCCUGUCCAGAAGCCCCGUUACCUCCAGCCCGUCGAGGACCAGGGGAAGCUAAAUCAAACAGACUUUCACAAGAGUAUGAUCAGCUUCCAUCAUGUCCAGAUUGUCCCCAAGCACCAGCGAGACCCCCCAAGCCAGUGCCCCGCAGGACUGCGCCAGAAAUACACCACCGGAGACAUUACAAUUGUGACUCAUUAGCUGAAAACGUAGACGCAAAAAUUGCUAAAUUAAUGGGUGAGGGGUUCCCAUUCGAAGAAGUCAAAAGGGCUUUGGAAAUUGCUCAGAAUAACGUGGAUGUGGCACGAAGUAUACUAAGAGAAUUUGCCUUCCCUCCUCCCGUCUGCCCUCGUCUACACCUAUAGGAACAUUGCCCAUAAUUCUGACUUAACUGCAAAAAGCAGAGAGGAAGAAUGGAUUUCAUUUCUCUUGUUACAAUCAUUCCAGCGCUUUGUCAAAACUAUGGCAGUGCUUAAAAGCUUGAACGCUAUCUUAGCUGGCCAUGUGUCGGAAAUUGGAAAGGAAAAUCCAUGUCGUUUGCCAUUUAGGAGAAAGUUUACCCCUUAAAAAUAAAUCUGUGAAUUUUUUUUAUUUAGUCUGUUUAAUAGCUGUAUGUUUCCUAGUUUGCUUCUUUUUAAUGUUCUUUCUUGAACUAUGGGUGUGUUGUAGCAUUUGGACAGCACUUUCUGACCUCACCGCAUUCUGGAAAAUGCUUUUGUUCUCCCCUUUUUCUUUUUAAUGUUGUGUUAUUUUAAUUUAUCCAAAACUGCAAACAAGUGGCCUUCACUACUGACAUUCUGAGAAUUAUUUUGUAUUAAGGGUGAAAUAUUUGAAUGUAAAAUGAAUGCAAUUUUUGUGACUAGGAUGCCUUUACAAAAGUAUUUUGAUACAGUUCUUUAGCAAAGCUACGUUACAUUGGGCUUGGCGAAUUUUAAUCUUUAAUGAUUUUAGACGGAAAGGCAUAAAAGCAAGGGCUUACAAUAAAAUGCAAAUGUGUCGUUCAUCAAUAGCUUGGCGGGAAGAAGACCUAGAUUGGGAUCAGAACCAUUUCUGGCUGUUGUGACAACUGAGUAGGGAAAGGCAAACAAAUUACAUUUCUCUAAAUGAUGUGGAAAUCAAACUGCAACUCUCUUUUUUCAUUUUCAAAGAGUUUAAAUGCUGCUUAUAAUUCAGAGAAAAUGUCUUAUCACAAAGUGCUUAGGUUUAAUCCAUGCAGUCUAGGUUAUUCGGCUGCACCAUCACUAUAAUUGCCUGUCAGCAAUGAGGUUACAGUGCACACCACUUACAGCAAGCAGAAUUUGCUUAUAAUGUGCUGUUUUAAUAUAUUUUCACCGGUACUGUCAUUCGGUUAUACGUUUCUCUUUGACUUCUAAACAUCCGCGUAUUCAUUUUUCUGCAGAAGUAUUGUACAGUGAAUGGUUUAGCCCAUUGUUGGUGAUGCUGCAUCUGUAAACAUGGUUUUGGGAGCUGAGAUCAUUGUUUUCAUUGUUCAUAUCUGAAUCUGAGACUUUAUAAACUGGUUACGUCAACUGCAAUAAAACACCCAUGCUAAGCCUG